CCGCGGUCCCUCGGCGGCUCCGGCAUCCAGGGCGGCGCGGGAGGGAGACCGGGAAGGAGGGAGGAUGAACCUGGAGCGGCUCAGGAAGCGAGUGCGCCAGUACAUCGACCAGCAACAGUAUCAAAGUGCCCUGUUCUGGGCUGACAAAGUAGCUUCACUCUCUCAUGAGGAACCACAGGAUAUCUACUGGCUGGCCCAAUGCCUUUACCUGACAGCUCAGUACCACAGGGCAGCGCACGCCCUUCGAUCACGGAAGCUGGAUAAGUUGUAUGAGGCAUGUCGCUACCUUGCAGCCAGAUGUCACUAUGCUGCAAAAGAGCAUCAACAGGCCUUGGAUAUUCUUGAUAUGGAGGAGCCAAUCAACAAACGACUUUUUGAAAAGUACUUGAAGGAUGAAAGUGGGUUGAAAGAUUCUACCACAGACUGGGAGAUGUCACAGUCCUCAAUCAAGAGCUCUAUAUGCCUUUUACGAGGGAAGAUCUAUGAUGCUUUGGACAAUAGAACCCUGGCAACUUACAGCUACAAAGAGGCCUUGAAGCUGGAUGUUUACUGCUUUGAAGCAUUUGAUCUUUUAACAUCACACCAUAUGCUGACAGCACAGGAAGAAAAAGAACUCCUUGAAUCUCUACCUCUUAAUAGACAAUGUACGGAAGAAGAGCAGGAAUUGCUUCACUUUUUAUUUGAGAAUAAAUUGAAAAAGUAUAAUAAACCCAGUGAAACACUGAUUCCUGAAUCAGUAGAUGGUCUUCAGGAAAACCUGGAUGUGGUAGUAUCCCUAGCAGAAAGGCAUUAUUACAACUGUGACUUCAAAAUGUGUUAUAAGCUUACUUCAGUAGUGAUGGAAAAAGAUCCCUUCCAUGCAAAUUGUUUACCUGUACAUAUAGGGACACUUGUGGAGCUUAACAAAGCAAAUGAACUUUUCUAUCUUUCUCACAAACUGGUGGACUUGUACCCAAAUAAUCCUGUGUCAUGGUUUGCAGUAGGAUGCUAUUAUCUCAUGGUUGGCCACAAAAAUGAACAUGCUAGAAGAUAUCUCAGCAAAGCCACGACUCUGGAGCGGACCUAUGGCCCUGCAUGGAUAGCGUAUGGACAUUCCUUCGCAGUGGAGAGUGAGCAUGACCAGGCAAUGGCUGCAUACUUCACAGCUGCACAGCUCAUGAAAGGGUGUCAUUUGCCUAUGCUGUAUAUUGGACUGGAAUAUGGUUUGACCAACAACUCCAAGCUGGCUGAACGGUUUUUCAGCCAAGCUUUAAGCAUUGCACCUGAAGAUCCUUUUGUUAUGCACGAAGUUGGAGUGGUGGCAUUUCAAAAUGGAGACUGGAAAACUGCAGAAAAGUGGUUCCUUGAUGCACUGGAGAAAAUCAAAGCUAUUGGAAAUGAGGUAACAGUUGAUAAGUGGGAGCCUUUGUUGAACAACUUGGGACAUGUCUGCAGAAAACUCAAGAAGUAUGAAGAAGCACUGGAAUACCAUCGCCAGGCUCUGGUGUUGAUCCCUCAGAAUGCUUCUACUUACUCUGCCAUUGGCUACAUACACAGCCUCAUGGGCAAUUUUGAAAGUGCCAUUGACUAUUUCCACACGGCCCUUGGUCUCAGGCGGGAUGACACAUUUUCAGUCACAAUGCUCGGCCACUGCAUAGAAAUGUACAUUGGUGAUUCUGAAGCCUAUAUUGGAACAGAGAUCAAAGACAAAUUAAGAUGUUAUGACUUUGAUGUACACACAGUGAAGACAUUAAAGAACAUAAUUUCACCUCCCUGGGAUUUCAGAGAAUUCGACAUAGAAAGACAAACUGUGGAUGAAAGUGGCAUAGUAACAUUAGAGACAUCAAAUCAAAGGAAAAGUACAGAUACCAGUCGCCCAUUGGAAGAAACAUUUGAGAUUGAAAUGAAUGAAAGUGAUAUGAUGUUAGAAACAUCAAUGUCAGACCAUAGUACGUGACCAUAAAUACUGGUAGAGAGCUCAUUUUGUCUAAGUGUACUAUGUUUGUUUUAGCAUUUUUGUUAUGGUGUUGUACUUUCAUGAAUUUGCUAUUUUUUAUAUGAAUGCAAACUACUAUGUACUUAACACCGGGAGUUUUAUAGUUCCUACUUUAUAAAUAUUCCUUUCCUGAUUCCUCAUGAAUCCCCAUCUGAAUCAAGAAGACCUCAUUGCAUUGAUGUAGGCCAUAUACAUA